UUUCUUUCAGUCAUCAGCUGACAGUUGUUGUGAAUGGGUGCUCAAAAAUGAACUGUCUCCUUGUUUUGUUAUUGUUGUGCCAUUAUUUCGUCGAAAAUGGCACGGCAGAACACGAGAAAUACAGACGGACGAUACACGGAUACGAAGACCCACCGAACAAUGGCAAAAAAACCUUCAUUAUUGAGCGGAAUUUCGAAAACGGAGGACACAAUCUCGAAAAAAGAUCUAUCGUGACGACUGAUGACAGUAAAAUCAUACAAAAGAUAAAUUACCUAAAUGAUACCCACAAACAAUUGAUGGUGCAUUGGGUUGGCGAAGGUAGCAACGUCAUAAUAUGUCUAGCUCGUCAUUCGUCCCUUGAAACAUUGGCUGGAGAUGUGAAAGUUGGACCAUCGGCCGUUUAUAUUUCCUACGAUUAUGGCGAUACCUACAUGAACAAAACUGACCUUUUUAAAUUAUCGGACGGCUCUUAUGCCACUUUGGAAAAGUUUUACAAUCAUCCGAAAUACAACACGCAUUUUGUUUUUGCCGAUGUAAACCAUAAAGUCCUCUACGUGACUGCGAAUCACGGCCGGGAUAUAAAACGUAUCGAUUUAGAUUUUACACCGAGUGACGUUUCGUUUCACGAAUUGCAACCUUCAGUGUUUGUCGUUUUGGAUAAAGUCGAUUCUGUGCAUAAGUUAUGGGUGACUGAAGAUUUCGGGAAUAGUUUUCGAGCGACUCAGGAUUUCGUCAAGGCGACUUAUUGGAUCAAAGAGAAUGAUUUUAGACACACUUUGUUGGUACAAAGGAUGGAACCGAGCGGUUAUAACGCGAUUUUAUCAUCGAGCGAUUUAUUCUCGAAUCGGACGGUGAUGGUCCAAGCUACCGGUAUUAAAGAUUUCUACGUCAAAGGCGAUUAUCUCUUCACGACGAAAUUGUCGAGUAAAGGAGUGCUCGAAUUGUACGUCUCGUAUAAAUUAGGGAAGAAAAUUAAAUGCGUUUUUGACACGGCAUUAGAGAUUCGAAGUUAUUUCAUUGUGGAUGUGACCUCAAACAGGGCACUAGUGGCCGUGAGUCAUGCCGAUACGGUCUCACAUUUAUACGUUUCGGAGAAUUUAGAUAACAGUGACGGUAUUGUCAAGUUUACAUUGUCUUUAGAAGACGUUCUUUGCUACUUUCCGAAUAGCACAUGGCAUGACACUUGGAUACACCACGUCUCCGAGGAAGCUUUUGCCGACGUGUACAAAGUUGAAGGGUUGUCUGGUAUUUACAUCGCUUCGCAUGUUUUAACCAAACCUCAGGGUAACAAUCUCGGGCCCCAACACUUAGGCUCGGUUAUAACCUUUGACCAUGGUCGAUCGUGGCGUCUCAUCCAAGCCCCCUUCCGUGACGUCGAAGGCCAACCCACUUCCUGUUCCGUCCAACAGAAUUGCUCCCUCCAUUUGAGUCAAAAGUUCAGUCAAUUGUAUCCCGAUACGAGAUCUAUCAGUAUUCUAUCGAGUAAAUCGGCUCCAGGGCUUAUCAUCGCAACUGGUGUUUUGGGAAAAUCGCUCAAGGGACAUUACGGAGUUUAUAUAAGUAGUGAUGCGGGACAGACGUGGAGACAGACGUUGAGGGAUUUAUAUUUCUUCAAUAUGGGGGAUCAUGGAGGAAUUUUAACAGCGGUGAAAUAUUUUAAAUUGAGGGGGGAGACUAGGCAUGUCUUGUAUUCGACUGAUGAGGGGGAAACGUGGAAACAGGCUGCUUUUCACGAUCAAAAUAUUAGGUUGUAUGGACUGAUGACGGAACCGGGGGAAAACACGACAGUCUUUACGAUGUUCGGGUCCUUACCCGAGGAACAUCAAUGGAUUAUUAUCAAGCUGGAUUUGAUAAAGGCUUUUGCGUAUAAUUGUUCAAAGGACGACUACAAGCCCUGGUCGCCAAGCCAAAGUGAUGAAAAUCGUAGUUACAUCCCGUGCGUUAUGGGCCAACAAAUUACCUACCACCGUCGCAUGCCCCACGCUAAUUGUUACAAUGGCGAGAAUUUCGACGUCCCUAUAUCGAUGACACCGUGCGGGUGCGAUAUUUACGACUACGAGUGCGAUUUUGGUUUUGUUCGUUCGGAAAAACCCGGUAAUUGCAUCCGGAAUACUUCUAUCGUUAACGAUCCCUACCAGGUGCCCCCAAAUUGUAAACCAGGGAAAUUCUACAAACGAACGAAAGGUUAUCGGAAAAUCCAAGGCGAUGUUUGCGUCGACGGUUUCGAGAAUCAUUACAUGCCGGAGGAAAUUCCGUGUCCGUUUAAUGAGGUUGACGAUUUCUUGUUGUUUGCACAGAGGGAGAAAAUCAGUCGGUUGAAUCUCGUAACGAAGAAAUUGGAAGAGCUUCCGGUGAGGAAUUUAAAAAAUGUGAUCGCGAUUGAUUUCGAUAUGAGGAAUAAUUGCGUUUAUUGGGCCGAUAUUGCAUUAGAUACGAUCGGAAGACAGUGUUUGAAUGACAGUGAGCCGGAAAUUUUGGUUUCGAGUGAUUUGGCCUCGAUUGAAGGUAUGGCUUUGGAUUGGAUUUCAAACACUCUGUAUUUCGUUGAUGGGAUUAGAUCGAAGAUCGAGUUGAUUAGAACUGAUGUUAAUCAUAGCGGGAGGAUGAGGAGGACUGUGUUAAAAGGCGACGUUUUGAAGAAACCUCGAGGAAUAGCUCUUCACCCCAAAGCUGGGUACAUGUUUUGGACUGAUUGGUCCGUGGAACGGCCUUCGGUCAAUCGAGCCGAUUUGGACGGUUCAAAUGUCGUCAAACUUUUCGGUAAACCUCGAGUCGAGUGGCCCAAUGGUAUAACCAUCGAUUACAUCGCCGAACGCAUCUACUGGGUGGACGCCCGUCAAGACUACAUCGCCUCCAGUGACCUCCACGGCGACUUCCUCAAGAUUAUAAUCUCGCGAAAUGACGUCGUCUCGCAUCCGUUUGCCGUCGCCGUCUUCAAAAACACAAUGUAUUGGGAUGAUUGGAAACGCAAUGCUAUUUUCAGCGCCGAUAAAGACACCUAUCACGGCGUGGAAGUCCUCCAAAAGCAGCUCCCCGGUCUUAUGGAUCUUAAAGUAUAUGCUCAUGGCGUUCAAGUGGGCACCAAUGCGUGCACCGUCUCAAAAUGUUCCUACAUUUGUGUUGGUAAACCGAAAAAGAAUUUCUCCUGUUUGUGCCCCGACGGUAUGGAGUAUAACAAUGGUCGGUGUCUCUGUCCGGGUCAUGUACCCCCAUUGGCCAACUUUACUUGUCCACCGGUACAAAACACCUGCAGUUCGAAUCAUUUCACGUGCCGGAACGGAUUGUGCGUUCCUAAAGGGUGGAAAUGUGACGGCGAAGACGAUUGUGGGGAUUCCUCCGAUGAGGCACACUGUGGGUUGCAGAGUUGCCCACCGAAUUAUUUCGUAUGUGGAGAUGGAAAAUGUUUGCCUCAGUAUUGGAAGUGUGACUACGAUUAUGAUUGUUCUGAUGGUUCAGAUGAGUUGGAUUGUCCGAAACAGAACUGUACCGAUGGUCAAUUUACUUGUAAAAAUGGACGAUGUAUCGCAGAGAAAUGGAAGUGUGACGGCGAAAACGAUUGUCGGGAUGGAUCAGAUGAACUCAAUUGCGAACCAGUGGAGCCUCACGUGUGUAAAAGUGAGGAGUUCCAGUGCAAAACCGGCGGUGUUAAAUGUAUACCAACGACGUGGCAAUGCGACGGCGAAAAAGACUGUCGAGACGGCUCCGAUGAAACAAAUUGUAAAAACAAUACGUGUCUUGACAUUCAAUUUUCCUGCGGUGAGCCUAGUAAUCGUUGCAUUUACAAAACAUGGGUAUGCGAUGGCGAUAAGGACUGUCCCAAUGGUAGUGAUGAAGUCAAUUGUACAACCCCCGCAAUCUCCGUUACCAUUGACCCUGAUCAGUUUAUACCUAAAAAUGGGACUUGUCAGGAUUGGAUGUUUAGAUGUCAGAACCAGCGUUGCAUCCCCUAUUGGUGGAAAUGUGAUCAGGCCGAUGACUGCGGCGACGGCAGUGAUGAACUCGGCUGUUUCCCAAGUCACGCCUCUACGUCCAAGCCCACAACCACGUCUCCUGGCCCACUUUGUGGUAACAACCAAUUCGAGUGUAUGGGCGGGACUUGUAUCUUUUCGUCGUGGGUGUGUGACGGUAUGGAGGAUUGUGUAGGCGGUGAAGAUGAACGUCACUGCGAAGGUGUGCGAAAUUGCACCAAAGAUGAGUUCAAGUGUCAUGUGGACGGAAGUUGUAUACCGUUGUCGGCGGUCUGUAACCUGUUUCCGGAUUGUCCUGAUUUGACAGAUGAGUCGUUAUGCGAUCAUAAUUUACCUAGUGGACCAGCCACGCCUUCGUGUUCGAAAGGGUACUUCCCUUGCGAUGGAGGAAGUUGUUAUCCAUUGGCUGCAUUAUGUGAUGGGCGUGUCGAUUGUCGUGACGGUUACGACGAAUCAAAUUGCUCGACAACUUCGAGGGUGUAUCAAGUGUUGCAUAUGGGUGUUGACGAGAGAAGUAUCAACGAGACGAGUCUUUUGCUGUAUUGGUGGAUUACAGACCCACCUGUCGGUAAAUUAGAAUUUUUACCGUCGAUAAGUAAAGUAGGGGAGAAUUUGUGGGAGAACAAAACGUGGAUGAACGAUACGGAAUAUAAAUUUACGAAUUUGCAACCAGCAACGCAAUAUAAUAUGACGAUAUAUGUUAGGAUUCAGAAUACGACGAAAGUAUUUCUACCGGCGAAAUAUUUCAUCGCUUAUACGGCAGAGAGUGUCCCAAGUCCGCCGUGGAACGUGACAGCUGUUCAAACAAACGGUUCUCAUGUACUUUUGUCUUGGAAUAAACCAACGCACCCUAACGGUCAAAUCAUCAAUUACGAGAUAGGUUGGUACCCGCCGCGUCCACCAAUCAAAUUGAAACUGAACGGAAACGAGACCGCCCACUUACUCUCCGCUUACUUCGAGCCUAAUCGAGAAUACAAUUUUUACGUAAUUGCGCACAAUAAGAAAUACGAAAGUAAGCAGUCUAAGGUCACUAAACUGAAAUUCGACGGUGAUGCAAAACUCCACGAAAUCCAAAACGUGAAAGUCGACAAAAAGACCGAAAACAGUGUCACCUUGUCAUGGAAAUAUAACAAAACAGUUGAAGGCUACACCGUCGCGAUAAUUCCACCCAAUGAUUACCCUCGAAUGUUGUCACGUGUCACUAAAACGAAAUCGAUCACUGUCGAUAAGUUAGCGCCCGGUACGCGCUAUACAUUCAAGAUCAACGCGUACAAGAAUGCGUUUACUGGCCCCGAAGUUGAUAUAAUAGUGAUCACGGAUGGCGUCAUGUUGCCAGAAGUGCCUUCACUUCAAGGAAAGUUGGUCAAGGAAGUCGGAACUUCCGUCAAAUUGAGUUGGGGAGUUCCAAAAGAUUCGAGGAAGGUUACAUGGACCUACGGUGUUUAUUAUGGGAUUGACGCCGAUGAGUUGUAUGAAAAAUCGAGAUAUGAAACGACUGAUUUGACAACGACUAUCAGCGAUUUAAAAGCUUGCGAAUUUUAUACUUUCAAGGUUGGGGUUGUGGGGCCUUACGGCCAAGGUCCCCUAUCAAAGAGUUUACAAAUCAAUACUUUUAUGAACAAGAAGGCACCGCCGAAAAAAUUGACUGUCAAGGAAGUGGACUAUAACCCAAUGAAAAUGUUGAUUACUUGGUUGCCUUCGUGUCCGACUAUCGCCGAACCCAUAGGCCAUAUUAUCCGUGUUUAUGAAAGAACUACAGGUGUGGAUUCAUUAUAUGGCAAACCACCCGGAAAUUACAGUCACGUUUUGAAUGUGAAAUACGGCGCUAUUUAUGACAUAAGUGUAGCAACAAGAGAAAUUGGCGCCAUCUACACACCUAAUGUGACUUAUUACGCUCCACCAAUCUUACCUCCCCACGAAGUAAAAACAUCCAUUGCACCUAAUGGUAGUUUCAUCGUCGAAUGGCAGGAAGCUGAUGUCCCCAAGGAUGUAGGGCCUUACAAAUAUGAAGUUUUGGUCUCCGAGGGAAAUACUAUGGACGAGGCGACGGCGAGGCGGUUUCGAGUGGACAAACCGCCGUUUAUCUACAGUAAUAGUUCAUCAAAUAUGUUUACUUUUGCAGUCCAAAUCGUGACUGAUAGUGGGUACAAAUCGAUCACUUCGGAAAAGUUAAGUGCAACAGUGUUGGAAGCCCCCACGACGAUGGGAGGUACCAACCUCUGGUUGAUUUUGGUACUCACUAUUCUGUCAAUACUCGUAGUGCUAACCCUAGGUUUGUUUAUAGUGAAACAUCGCCGAUUGCAGAAUAGUUUCACGAGGUUUGCAAAUUCGCAUUAUGAUACGCGGUCAGGUGCGGCGACCUUUGAUGAUAAUGGGUUGGAGGAGGAGGAGAGCCCGCAAAUUACAGGGUUUUCAGAUGACGAGCCGCUCGUUAUCGCGUAGCCGAAUUUGCAAAGUAUUGAUGAGACUUGAUGGGGCUGUGGCGAUGGUUACCAAAUAUUGAAAGCCACGACCGUGCAAAUGAUUUUAUAGUAUUUGUCCAUUAAAAAUAAAGACAUUUUAAUCAUGUUGUGACUAUUCCAAAUUUAUUAUAUAACUAGUCUUGUGAAGAGAGCAAUGGGCUAAUCACUUUUUCUACUUUGUGAAAGAUUGUUGUUUUUUUGUACAUUUAGGGUUAGGUUUUUUAAGUUACGUUUCCUAUGUGUGAGUGUGUGAUUUAAUGAGCACACGUUAAUGUUGCCACUGACUAGAAAUGAGUUACAUUUAAUUAUCUUUAAGUCAAAUUUCUGUGAUACUUCUCAGUUAAGUUUUAAGAUUUUUUCAUAAAGGAAUUUGACUGUCAUAUGUUUGUGCUUUUAAGUGUUUAAAUAAAUCAUUUAAAAAUGA